CUUUUUUCUCCUCUAGCGACAUAUUACAGCCUUUACCCCAACACGACAAGUACCAAAAUGCGUAAAACAGCCUAGAUUUCUACAUUUUCCACCAAAAGACGAUACAGACACAGCUCCUCGAAGUUUCUCGAACAAUCUAAAUCACACCGAAACUUCUCUUCUCCCCUUUAUAUCAACAAUCUCCACCAUCAAUUCUCAAUAGAUUCAAAUCUAGCCGUUCAAACCUUACAUUUUUGGUUCAGGCAUUUUCACAAACAGUUUGCAAACAAAUGGAAGAAGACGGUGCCGUUACACUCUACAGUGGCAGCGCCACCAUUGCUGAUACAAAGAAAAAUCCGUUCUCAAUCAAAGUAGGAAUUGCUCAAAUGCUACGUGGCGGUGCCAUUGCUGACGUCACCACCGUCAAUCAAGCAAAGAUUGCUGAGUCAGCAGGCGCUUGUUGUAUCGUAGUUUCGGAUCCUAAAGGACCCGGAAUCUCGCGAAUGCCCGACCCGACUCUAAUUAAAGAGAUCAAACAGGGGGUUUCAAUUCCUGUAAUGGCGAAGACACGUGUCGGUCAUUUUGUUGAAGCACAGAUCCUCGAAGCUAUUGGUGUUGAUUAUAUAGAUGAGAAUGAGGUUUUAGCCCUAGCGGAUGAGGAUAAUUUCGUCAAUAAACAUAAUUUUAGGGCGCCAUUUGUAUGUGGAUGUAGAGAUCUUGGAGAAGCUUUGAGAAGAGUUAGAGAAGGUGCUGCUAUGAUUAGGACACAAGGGGAUCUAUCAGGUACUGGUGAUAUUGUUGAGACAGUUCGGAAUGUGAGGAAAGUGAUGGGAGGUAUUAGAAUUCUCUCAAACAUGGAUGAUGAUGAGGUUUUCACUUUCUCAAAAAAGAUUGGUGCACCUUAUGAUAUUGUUGCACAAACGAAGCAGAUGGGUAGGCUUCCGGUAGUUCAUUUUGCAUCUGGUGGAAUCGUUACCCCUGCAGAUGCGGCGCUUAUGAUGCAGCUGGGUUGUGAUGGUGUAUUUAUCGGAUCGGAUAUAUUCAAUUGCUCUGAUCCUUAUAAAAAAGUUAGGGCAAUUGUGCAGGCUGUUAGGAACUAUAACGACCCCCAUAUUUUGGCUGCGGCGAGUAGUGGUUUGGAGGAAGCAAUGGGUGGUCUAAAUCUGAACGAAAACCGGGUCGAGCAAUUUGUUAAUGCAGAGACUUACUGAUGAUACCAAGCUGGCAAGCUUAGUCUGUUCUUUGUGUGUUGUUGAUCAUAGUAUUAUGUAUUUUUGCAGUUGAGUAUUUGUGAACAACGUUUAUCUUUUCUUGGUUUACUUUUUGCAAUAACAUGAUGAUGGGUUAGCACUCCGUAUGUUGUGGCGCCAAAAGAAAAAUUUGUAUGGGUAACUUGUACUCUGAACUUAAGUACUUGAGUAAAUAAAAGUGUGAUGCUAAUUGAGCAUA